AUUUCUUUCUCUACUGGGAGAUAAUCGUGUAUCGGCCAAUCACUUGGCAAUGACUGACAUUUCCAAUUGACUGCCAGUUAUUCCUCCUCCUCAGAUUGUUCCCAAGCGGAGUCAUGUGACUUGUGCGUUGGAGCCUCCAUGCUCAACCUGACAGGCUGCGUCUGGAGGCUUUGUCCAGAUGGUAAUGACACGGGGGUGUGUCUGACUGAUGAGGGCGACUCAGCAGACACCUCAAUGAACUGCAGCUGGACCAGAGUGUCUGAGCUGUGCACAGCUGUAGAGGAGGUGGCCGAGGGAGGAGGCGAAGGUGACUCAGGUGAUAAACCGUCUUCAGAGUUCUCCCAGGCCAAGUUUGACAUGUCCAGUUUCAUCGGCGGCAUCAUCCUGGUGCUGUGCCUGCAGGCGGGCGGCUUCUUCGCCAUGCGUUUCUUCAAAUCCAAAGAGCAGAGCAACUAUGACCCCAUAGAGCAGCCGCAGUGAAGUCAGGACGUGUGAAGGACGAGCUGAUGAGUGUGCAGGACGUCAGAGCUGUGACUCAUCGACUUGUGACUCCGGGAUAUUUUCUCUCUCUCCUCCUCAGCUCCUGUCAUUUUCGGUGUGGUCCCCAUGUGUACCCCUGGGGGGAUGGGUGUGUUUAUAAGAGUCUAAUUUGUUCCUCGAAUUGCCGCGUUGUGUAACGAGUGUGUGCAUGUGUUCACUGUGUAUAGCACCGCAUUUCCACUUCAGGGACAUUUUGGCUGCAAGUAGUCGUAAAGUAAGACAAAUGGGAAACAAAUGGGCUCUGAUUGUUUCAGCAAAUUAGCUUUGCAAUCGCAACCCGACAUUAAUCUUCACAGAAACUAAUUUAACAAGUUAAGAGUUUGUCCUCUUACAAAACACAGCUUCAUCACAUGUUUCAACUGUGUAAACAUUACGGUGCAGUAAUGGGAAAGGGUGACAUGUAGUCAGGAGGUCAGACAAGGUUAUCAGAGGCAUUUUUAACCUUUCCCAAAAUGAGAUUGUGGAACUCAAUUUAGUCGAUAAGUACUAGUCGUGUUUUUCUGAAACCAAAAGUUAAAAUAUAUGCAUCUUAGUUUUCUAUGUAUUAACUUGUAGUGAAUGAAAUGUUUUGUCUGGGGACUUUUAGGAGACAUGAGGAUGAAAGGUUUACACUUUCCAACCUAACAUCUAGGAGGUAGUCCUUCAAAUUUGAAAAGCUCAGAUCUGACAUUAGUACUCCACUACUUUUGAUUUGUGUGUGUUUUUGAAUUGUCAAGAGCUUUUUUGUAAGUUCAGUUUUGAUUGCUCUGAUUGACAUACCAGCUCCAACCUUUUCAUAACAGAUCACAGAGAUAUGAUGGGACACUGUUUACUUGUGUAAAUAGUGAUUAGUUUGUGGAUAUGUUUGGAUUUUUUUGUGAUGCCUUGAGAAUGAAAAAAUAAAUGAGAAUGAAAAACA